CGCUCGUGGACCAGCCAGGCUCUAGACGAUGCUGCGGGUGCGGUGUCUGCGUGGCGGGAGCCGCGGUGCCGAAGCGGUGCAUUACAUCGGGUCUCGGCUUGUAAGAAACUUAACAGGGUGGGUGCAGCGAACUUUCCAGAGCACCCAGGCAGCUACCGCUUCUUCUCGGAACUCCUGUGCAGCUGACGACAAGGCCACUGACCCUUUGCCCAAGGACUGCCCUGUCUCUUCAUACAACGAAUGGGAUCCCUUAGAGGAAGUGAUAGUGGGGAGAGCAGAAAACGCCUGUGUCCCUCCAUUCACCAUGGAAGUGAAGGCUAACACAUAUGAAAAGCACUGGCCAUUUUACCAGAGACAUGGAGGCCAUUAUUUUCCCAAAGAACAUUUGGAAAAGGCUGUUGCUGAAAUUGAAGAAAUGUGCAAUAUUCUUAAAAUGGAAGGAGUUACAGUAAGGAGACCUGACCCUAUUGACUGGUCAUUGAAGUAUAAAACUCCUGAUUUUGAGUCUACGGGUUUAUAUGGUGCGAUGCCUCGAGACAUCCUGAUAGUUGUGGGAAAUGAGAUUAUCGAGGCUCCCAUGGCGUGGCGUGCACGCUUCUUUGAAUAUCGUGCAUACCGGUCAGUCAUCAAAGACUACUUCCACCGUGGCGCCAAGUGGACAACGGCUCCUAAACCCACAAUGGCUGAUGAGCUUUAUGAUCAAGAUUAUCCCAUCAAUUCUGUGGCAGACAGACACAAAUUGGCGGCUCAGGGAAAAUUUGUGACGACUGAAUUCGAGCCAUGUUUCGAUGCUGCUGACUUCAUUCGAGCUGGAAGAGAUAUUUUUGUACAGAGAAGUCAGGUUACAAACUACCUGGGCAUUGAAUGGAUGCGUCGGCAUCUUGCACCAGACUACAGAGUGCAUAUCAUCUCCUUUAAAGAUCCCAAUCCAAUGCAUAUUGAUGCUACCUUCAACAUCAUUGGCCCUGGUCUUGUCCUCUCCAACCCUGACAGACCAUGUCACCAGAUUGAUCUUUUCAAGAAAGCUGGAUGGACCAUCGUUACUCCUCCAAUGCCAGUCAUCCCAGAUGAUCACCCACUCUGGAUGUCAUCCAAAUGGCUUUCCAUGAAUGUCUUAAUGCUAGAUGAAAAGCGUGUUAUGGUGGAUGCCAAUGAAGUCCCAAUUCAAAAGAUGUUUGAAAAGCUGGGCAUCAGCACCAUUAAGGUUAGCAUCCGUCACGCCAAUUCCCUGGGAGGAGGCUUCCACUGCUGGACCUGUGAUGUCCGUCGCCGAGGCACCCUACAAUCUUACUUUGACUGA